UUAAAUUUCAACAGAACGGACGUGUACCGCGUGUUGUCGCGCGUGAAUAUAAAAGCCAUUUGUUGCUCGCGAAACGAAACGAAUUUCGAUUGCUGCAAGUGUGUCGUGCAUUUACCCAGCGCUCACCCACCACCACCUACAAUUGAGUGAAACAAAAGUCAAGAGGCCCCCUGUGCGUCGUCGCCAUUGUGUUCUUGUGCUCUCGGUUCGCAUUUCGGUUCGUCUUUCAAGGGGCUGCCGCUCUCCCCCCCCGCAGCUUCUUGUGUGCGCGAGUGCGUAUGCGUGGCGUGGCGUGGCGCGCGACCAUGUUCUGGCCAUAAAGUGCACUCCGCAGUCGCAGUAGCAAUAAAAACAGCAGUCAGAAGUGAAUACAAAGUGAAAUAAGUGUAAUAAAAGCGAUUACAACAAAUGGAAUUUUCGGAGGCCGACCUCAAGGCCCUGUCGCUGGCACUCUCGCCGCAGCGCAGUGGCAUCCAAUCCUCUGCAGAACCCGAACAGCAGCAGCAUCUGUUGCUGCAUCAGACCACACAAUCCCUGCUGAUGGCCAGCUCCAUGAUGCAGUUCAUUGACGAAGGAGCGAUGCCACCGGCCCAGAUCCAGUAUAGCGCGGAGGAUCUGCUGCGGGAGAAUCAUGCGCUGCAUGCCAGGGUCAAAGAGCUGAGCAGCGAGCGGGAUCGCCUGCUCUGCGAGGUCUCCAAUCUGCGCCUGGAGCUGGACAUGUCGGAGCUGAAGCGUUUGCCCGUCGUUGACAUGGACAUGGAAGGCUUUCCCCAAAAGAGCAUUGAACGCAGCGGCUCCACACAGUACGAUCUGGCUGGGGCGCCGCCAGCUGGCGGCUCCACCACAGCCUCCACCACCGACAGCGGCAGCGUGGGUGGCUAUGUCUACCUGCAGAAUCAUUAUGCGCCCGGCGCACACAACGCCGCCGCUGCCAUCAACUACCCAACGCAGCAUCACCACCCCCAGAUGAUCUACCAGCUCCAGCAGUAUCCCACGUGCCAUCAGCAGCAGCAGCAACAGCAGCAGCAGCAGCAGCAGCAGCAGCACCUGCACCAGGCCGCUGCAGGACACUACAUGCAGGUGACAUCAACGACAGCGGGAGGAUCCUCGGCCUACCACCACCAACACCACAUGCUCCACGGGGGCCAGCACGGACAGCAUCAUGCGCACCAUCACGGCCAUGGCGGAGCGGUGGUCAUUGCCGGCAGCGGCGUGGGCACUGGCAUGGGUGCAGGCAGCGUGAUUAUGCAGCAUCAGCAGAUCCAGCAGAUGCAACACCAACAGCAGCAGCAGCAGCACCAGCAACAGCACCAGGGAAUGCACAAGAAGAACUCCAUACGCAAUGGCGGAGAUGUACUCAAGCGCGGAAGGGCACAAUCGGCCUACGAACUCUCACAAGAUCUGCUGGAGAAGCAGAUCGAACUGCUGGAGCGAAAGUACGGCGGAGUGCGGGCCCGCAACGCAGCGGUGACCAUCCAACGGGCAUUCCGACACUACAUGAUGGUGAAGAAGUUUGCCUCAAUUACGGCCAUGGCCAAAGCCGAGAAGCGGCUCAGUCGUCGCAUGGUGGUGACGUCCUCCAGCCUGCAGCUGGCCGAGGAGAAUGCCUCCUCGUCGGCCUAUGGCAGUGCCACAGAAUCUCAAUUGGAUCAGCAGCAGCAGCAACAGAUGCAGCAACAGCAGCCACGUGUCACCAUUAUGGCAGGUCCGCCAGGAGCAGCAUCCCCGGGACUCUCGAGGACGCCACCCACACGUUCACUUUCGAUGCGGGAGCGACGACAGCUGGACUGCAGUCCCAUACCAAGGAGUCAAUCAGGCGCCUCUCCCGUAUCCAUUUCGGGCUCUACAGCCACCGCCGCUGGACUGGCCUCCCAUCCCCAUGUGAAUCUGCUGCACGCGGCCGAGCCGCAUUACUACAAUGCCCAGGGAGCGGCCUACUACACCAGUUAUCAUGGAUCGCCGCAUGAUCUGAGCUACGCCAGCUCCGCGGAUGUCUCGCUGAACGCCUCGUGGGUGAACACCAGCGGCCACAUUCCCCACACGCCCUACUACUCGGCGGCACAGAUCUACAUGCGCCCCAAGGGCGGCAGCACCACGCCCACACCCAGCUGCAGCGGCAGCACGGGCAGCGGCAGUGGCAGCGGUAGCGGCAGCUGCAAGAAGGUGCCCCCAGAGGUGCCCAAGCGCACCUCCUCCAUCACGGCCCAGCAGCAGAGCCAGUUGCUGCUGCUGCAGCGGCAGACCCCGCCUCCGCCCUCGCUGCUGCGCACCAACGGACUCUGCAAGACGGCGGAGAACGGCAGCCUGACCUCCGUGCAGAGCUCCGGCUCGGACUCGAGCGUCACUUCGGCGGAGAGGAACAUGAACAGCGACCUGGGAUCCGAUCGCAGCAACUCCCCGCACACGUGGAAGCGCGGCACGGCCCUGAACAGCUCCCAGCAGUUCUCCACGCACUCGGCAGACUCGGUCACGGUGCCCGUCGGAGGUGGCGCCGUUGUCGUCUCUGGCGCAGCCAUCGCUGCUGCUGGCCCGGGAGCGUAUGCCGCACAGAUGCAGGCAGCCGUGGCAGCGGCCACAGCGGCGGGAGGAGUGCCGCCGUCGGACGAUCAUGCCAUCUCAUCGCACACCAGCGCCGCGCAGUACGAGCAGCACGAGCAGCAACAGCACGAGCAGCAGCAGCUGCAGGCAACUGCCGCCGCAGCGGGCGUGGCACAGAACUCCAGGAUGUCGGAGACCAUAAGGAAGCGGCAGUAUCGCGUCGGCCUCAAUCUGUUCAACAAGAAGCCGGAGAAGGGCGUCACUUAUCUGAUCCGAAGAGGCUUCCUCGAGAACACGCCGCAGGGCGUGGCCCGGUUCCUGAUCACCCGCAAGGGCCUCUCACGCCAGAUGAUUGGCGAGUAUCUGGGGAAUCUGCAGAACCAAUUCAACAUGGCCGUUCUCAGCUGCUUUGCCAUGGAGCUGGAUCUGUCCGGCCGCCAGGUGGAUGUUGCCCUGCGCAAGUUCCAGGCCUACUUCCGGAUGCCCGGCGAGGCGCAGAAGAUUGAGCGGCUGAUGGAGAUCUUCUCGCAGCGCUACUGCGAGUGCAAUGCGGACAUUGUGGGGCGCCUGAGGUCAUCCGAUACGAUCUUUGUGCUGGCAUUUGCCAUCAUUAUGCUCAAUACGGAUCUGCACACGCCCAAUCUGAAGCCGGAGAGGCGCAUGCGCGUCGAGGACUUCAUCAAGAAUCUGCGUGGCAUUGACGACUGCCACGACAUUGACAAGGACAUGCUGAGCGGCAUCUACGAGCGCGUCAAGUCGGACGAGUUCAAGCCGGGCAGCGAUCACGUCACCCAGGUGAUGAAGGUGCAGGCCACCAUUGUGGGCAAGAAGCCGAAUCUGGCGCUGCCCCAUCGCCGGUUGGUGUGCUAUUGCCGCCUGUACGAGAUACCCGACGUGAACAAGAAGGAGCGGCCGGGCGUCCAUCAGCGCGAGGUGUUCCUCUUCAACGAUCUGCUGGUCAUCACCAAGAUCUUCAGCAAGAAGAAGACCUCCGUGACGUACACGUUCCGCAACAGUUUCCCGCUCUGCGGAACGGUGGUGACCCUGCUGGACAUGCCCAACUAUCUGUUCUGCAUCCAGCUGUCGCAGAAGGUCGAUGGCAAGAUCCUGAUCACAUUCAAUGCCCGCAACGAGCACGACCGCUGCAAGUUUGCCGAGGAUCUCAAGGAGUCCAUCAGCGAGAUGGACGAAAUGGAAUCGCUGCGUAUCGAGGCAGAGCUGGAGCGACAGAAGUCGGCGCGCAAUCGGGCACCGGGGAACGCAGAGAACCGGGAUAGCGGCGUGGCCGAUGUGGAGGUUUGUCCCUGUCCCUACGGCUCCCAGCCCGGUGGCGGGUCUCAGGCAGCUGGCGAGCAGGCGGCAGGCAACUCGGCCGACAACUCGCAGCAGCUGAAGCGCAGUGCGCUCAGCAACAGUCUCCUGGACAUGCACGAGCAAUUUGGAAACGAGAAGCCUCAACGACGCGGCAGCGUGGGCUCCCUGGACAGCGGCAUGAGCAUCUCCUUCCAGUCGACCACCACGUCCAGCGCCUCGCGUGAGAAUGCUGCGGCCAUCGCAGCAGCCGCAAAUGCAGCGGCGGCCGCGAAGAUGCGCUUCAACAUGCCACAAACGGCAGCGAUCGCAACUCCCAGCAAUGUUUAUGCAGCGCCCGGAAUGCAGGCCUAUACGCAUGCAAACUUUGUGCAGCAGUCGCAGGCCGCCUACAUGAUGCAGCAACAGCAAAUGCUACAGCAACAGGCACAUAUGCAGGCUCAGGCCCAGGCGCAAGCUCAAGCGCAAGCGCAAGCUCAGGCGCAGGCGCAGCAGCAGCAAGGAGGAGGAGGAGCUGUAGUCACUGGCCGAAUCCCUGGAAGGGAGAGAAAAGCCUCACGCUCCGAUGAGAAUGCACGAUCGACGGAGGUCUAAGUCAUCUACUCAGCAACGUAUUGUACAUUUCCGUUCUUCAUCAGCAAAGCGAUAAAUAUUAAGUCUAUGCAGAAUAUAGAGUGAAAUAUCUGCAUAAUCCGAAUCGAAA